CAGGGGCAGAGCUCUCGCGACCCGGCGCUCCCAGAGGCGUGGCCGGCCCGCAGGGGUCGCGGCAGCGCAGGGAUGGGGGUCACGGUGGAUGUGCACCAGGUGUACAAAUACCCCUUCGAGCAAGUGGUCUCCAGCUUCCUCCGAAAGCAAAUCCGGAUGCACUCCUUUAUGGAGCCUGCUCUUGCUAAAUUGAGAAAGCUAUCUCCCUCUGUUGGACAGGUGAGCAUUUUAAAGAUACCUAGUAUCCAGUUAGAAGAAGAAUCGUGGCUUAAUCCUCAGGAAAGAAGCAUGGCUAUACGGAGUCACUGCCUUACAUGGACACAAUAUGCCUCCAUGAAGGAAGAGUCUGUCUUCCGGGAAAGUAUGGAAAAUCCAAAUUGGACAGAGUUCAUUCAAAGAGGCAGGAUUUCAGUUACUGGGGCUGGAUUUCUCAACUGCAUUUUGGAAACUUUUGCCAGCACAUUCUUAAAACAGGGUGCCCAGAAGGGAAUUAGAAUAAUGGAGAUGUUGCUAAAGGAACAGUGUGGUGCCCCCUUAGCCGAAUAAAGAAUCAUCAGGGGCCUGUGCCUGUGUCUACAUUUUUCAAGAAUAACUUCUUGACCACAACACAUCAUAGACGCGGAUUGCAGAAUACAGGUGUGAUGAGGCACUGUCGGUGCUUGAAGAAAAGGACACCUCUCUCUCAGGACAUGCAAUGAUGCACUCCCCUGCGAGCCUGCUUCCAAUAGUGGGACUCAUGGUGAUGAGACCUCCUAGCUGGAUUUUUAUGGCACAGUCUCUUAACGAUUUUACAAAUAAAAGAAAACCCCAUGUAGGAUAUGUUUGCCCUUUCUCAGGAUGUCGUGGUGAUGGUGUCGGAGCUGCCAAGGACAUGUUUGAGGCCUGGAGGGUAGUGCUUGUGCCCUUAUAUUAUCAGCAUAAAUGUUCAUGGGAUUCAUGAGAGGAUUCUGGGACAAAGAAAGGAAUUGAACCUGGUACCUGCUUUAUAGGUGGUUUGGAAGAGACAAACAUGUACAAGACCUGUGUUGAAGCUAAGCCAUAUUUGUAGGCAUGUUUAAGAUUCUCAAGAAUCAGGAGAAUUUGAUAUCUAUCUGCAAAUUCAGGAUAACUUUUAUAAUACAAUGUGUGAACUAUAAUUUGUUCCUUUGAAAGAACAUGGAAUGAAGAGAGGGAAGGCACGUUAUGGUCUUGACUGUUGCUAACUUGUUUUGUGAUGAGGAGCAAACCAUCGACUUUUCUGUUUUUCAUCAGGCUAAUGGGGAUCAUCAAGCACAGAUAUUUCUGCCGGUGGGUUGUGAUGAUUAAACAAGGUAGUUUAGUGCAAAGAGCACAGGCUUGGGAAUUAGACAGACCUGGGUCUGAAUCCAAGCACUACCACUUCCUAGCUCUAUGAUCAUUUACAUAAUUUAAAUCUGUCCGAAGCUCAUUUUAAAAAUCUCUCAAAUAAGAUGAUGACAACCAGCUUUGUGAGGUUGUUGGACUGAUUUGAGAUCAUGUAUAUAAAGUGCCUACCACACUUCCUGGUACAUAGCAGAAGUCCAGUAAAUAGAAGCCAUUAUUAUUAUGUGAAAUCAUUUUGAAAAUGCACUUCUCAAAUGAAAUGUAAGGUAGUAUUACUGUUUGAAAAUUAGAUGACAGUAGUUUGCAUUUCCCAUGAUCGGAAGCCAAAAUAUAAAUGCAUACUGCCUAACAGAAAGCUUGAAGAGAGGCAAUAAUUUGGAAUUCAUCUUCUUAAGAUAAAAAUUGGGCCAUUACUGGAAAGUCAUGGGAAAAUUGUUCUUCUUUUAAUAUUUGAAAAAUUUUCCACUUAGUGCAUUGAUGAAUUUCAAAGCAAUUGUACUUUUUCAUAGCAGCCUGCCGCUGUGAGCCUCCUCUUAUUGUAUGUGAGCUAUUUGUGCUGCCUGAGUUUUGUUUCUUAGGAUAAUUUCCCUUCAUUUCCUUAGUGUUUUAUUCUUCAGUUGUGUUGGAGGGAAAAUGAAUGGUAGGAACCAGAAUACACUUUGACCUUCUUUACCAGUUUGUAAAUUGCAGUUGGUAGGCUUUUGGAAUAAUAGCCCAUUUCCAAAAAAAAUAAGAGGUGAUGUGAAUUAUUGCAGAGGUAAGAGGCAAGAAAUUCGAAUUUGGACUUUGACACCGGAACAAACUCAACUCCUUAUUCUCAACAAUUUAUAUUUUCUCAGGCAGAUGUCCUCAACCUUGGCUGUCCAUUAGGUCACCUGGGUAGCUUCAUGCCAUUCUGAUGUCCAGGCUGCACCCCAGACAAAUAAACCAGAACCUCUGGGGGUGGGACCUGGGCAGCCAUAGUUUUUAAAGCUCUCCAGGUGAUUCCAAUGUGCAGUUAAGGUUGAGAGCACUGUAAUGAAUUCUAAGUGAUUUGCAGAUAUUAUCUAAUUAUUUUCUCAACGCCUCUGAGAUAGGAAAGGGUCUUUGCAGUAGGAUUUUUAUUAGAAAUGGAAAGAGUGAAGCACAGAGAGUCUGAAUUUCUGCCUUAAUUCCUUUAAGCUGGAGUGGCCAGUGCACAUGCUGGCAGGGAGCUGGCAGGUGAUCUGAUGACUGACGAAGGCAGGUGGCCACUGGAGAGAACCAGAACCACAAACCUGGUUAAAGGUGGGCAGCUGCUUAGCACAGCAUUGCCAUGUGGCUGAUUUUUCUAGUUCUUCCAGUUUUCAAAUUUUCAGGGAAAGACAAAAGGUAAAGAAAUUUCCUGAUUUUUACGUAUUGGCCACUAACUUAGAAUUUUUAAAAACAUCGUGCUGGCUAAACAAACAUGCUUGCCAGCCAGUAGUUCCCAACCUCUGCUUCAAGGGUAUUAAGGGCCAGCCUAAACACCUCGGCCAAUUUUUAAUAGAUUUGCCUUCAGCCUCCUCAUUCCUAAGUAAUACUCUGGACUUGCAUCAGACACCUUUUCUUACUCAAUUUUAUUUUCCCUGCAGGCAUCCAUUGCUUCAGGCUUUACAUAUAUGAUUUAGAAAUUGUAAGUUCUUUUUAAAAUUAGAGUUUGCUAGAGUUUAUUUUUAUAUGUUGUAAUCCUUUUUUUGUAAUAAAACAUUUAGAAACCCACUGUGAUGGUUAAACUUGGCUGGGCCAUGGUGCUCAG